GCGACGGAAACAUCUGGCAAAUAACAUCCGUGCCGAGCCAGCAACAAAUCCUUCAAACUCAGCAACAAAUCCAACAAGACUGCAACGAGCUAAUGAAUGGAGAGGCACUCACCUGUCAAGAACUUCUCGCUCUAGGGGCCAUCAAUGCUGCACUGCCGACGGGGCAAAUAGUUUUGGAUACGUUCUUCAGCUCACUCUCUAAGGGUAUCAACAACAGGCAGAAGACCGGAGAGGAAAUGUACAUUCAGCAGAUACCGGAGGACGAUUAUUCCUGCUGUCAAGAACUGUGGCAUUGCGAGUCGGAGUACAAGAACGAGAAACGCUCGCAAUUUUACAUCGCCUGCUGUCUCGUCAUGAAGGGGAUGGUCAAAUCUUUUAAAAUGCUCAGGAGGUGUAUCAAAGUGCUCGUCGAACACAAGCUUUUUCAGAAUGGUAUUCUAUUAGCAAUUCUGAUAAAUACUUUAUCGAUGGGCAUUGAACAUCAUAAGCAAUCCGAGAUACUGACGCAUGUCGUUGAAGUCACGAAUGUAAUUUUUUCCGCGAUAUUCGCCGUGGAAAUGGUUCUCAAAGUGGUUUCAGAAGGACCUUUUGGAUAUAUUUCGAAUGGGUUCAAUGUCUUUGACGGCGUCAUAGUAAUUUUGAGCGCUAUCGAAUUGUUCAAAAAUUUCUUGGGUGAACCACAUACAGAUUCUGGUUUAUCUGUAUUGAGAACAUUUCGUCUUCUCAGGAUAUUGAAAUUGGUCAGAUUUAUGCCAAAUCUGAGGAGACAAUUAUUUGUUAUGUUGAGAACGAUGGAUAACGUUGCAGUCUUUUUCUCUCUACUAAUCCUCUUCAUAUUCAUAUUCAGCAUUCUGGGCAUGUACCUGUUCGGUGGUAAGUUUUGCACCUAUAUAGAUGAUAAAGGAGUCACAAAAGAUUGUGGUUGUGAAAUGAUGAACGACAAGCGAUGUUUAUGCGACAGAAAACACUUUAACAACAUCCUGUGGGCCACCGUCACAGUAUUUCAAAUUUUAACACAAGAAGACUGGAAUAUGGUUCUUUCCAACGGAAUGGCAAAAACGUCGCACUGGGCUGCGUUGUAUUUCGUUGCCCUCAUGACAUUUGGAAAUUAUGUUCUCUUCAAUUUGUUGGUAGCUAUUUUAGUUGAGGGGUUUAGUUCAGAAAGGAAUGAAAGAAGAGAACGAGAACAGAGAGAAUUAGCGAGGCGGAAAAUGUCUUGCAUUUUAGAAGCUAGUUUGAGGGAGAGCAGUAGCCAUUCGGUUACUAGUUCAUCUGACAGUUUUGUCCAGGACAAAAAGAACUGUUGGAAGUCUGCAGAAGAGUUGUGGAAGUUCAGUGAUUUCGAUGGACACAGAUCGACUCUCGGUACAGUGAACUAUGAUAAUAAAGACAGAAAUACAAAAAAGGAAUGUUGUUUCACUGGCAAAGAACCAAAAUGCAAUAUUCAGAAAGAAUCAAUGUUGAAACAACCAAUUAGGAAGCCAUCCCCACCAAUGAUUACUCACACAGCAGCAACUCCUCAAGACUCUCCGAGUACGGUCCUUGAUGAUUUUCCAGAAUUUCGUUAUCAUAUCACAUCGAUAAUGAACGAAAACCUUUCUGGAAGUGAAAGCAGUCCUGGACAUCCAUCCACUGCUGAUUCCAUAACACAAAAGACUACGAGUCUAAGCUUGCUCAAACCUCCUACUCUCUCUCCACCGCCUCUCAGUUUUCGACACUUUGAACUAACUCCUGAAGAACCACCAGUUCUUUUCGCUGGAAAAUUAGUGACACAUAAUGAGAGGAUCGGCUCCAAAACGAUGACUUUUUCCGAAAAGAUCACACCCAUGCCAAAUCAAAAUGGAAACAGACAGAUCCAAGACAGAAACAAAAUACAAAGAAAAUGUUCUUGGAAGUUGGCAUCCAAGCCAAGUUUGAAGAGGAAAAAAAAUAGGAGCGGAUCCGACUCUGAGGCUGUGCCUCUAAAUAACGGACGAGACCAUUCGCAAUGCAAUGGAGGCGGUGUGACUAGACAUGCAAGUUUGCGAAACGACUCAUUAUUGCAAUCAUCGAUAAGGAUUCAAAAUGAUACUCAAAAGGAUACUCCAAAUAAUAAGAUUGCUAAAGGACUUAGUCCCCAAAAUUCCAUUAGAUGUAGAUCAAACACUCACAGCUCUGUACCGCCACAA